AUGCACACCGAUUCGACUCCAACUUUCUCGCCCUGGACAGAAGCGCUGCGCAAUGAGCGCCCGCCUGAAAUGCUGCGGCAGCAUUCUCUGCCACGCCGUCGCAGUAGGUACAUACUGCGAAAAAACGGGUCUGAUUCAAAUUUGCUGCCGAGUGCCACGGGAAACAUAUUUCGAGGAAGAGGGCAACCCCUCGCCAUGCAGCGAUGGCAGAAUUCGCCACCAGAGGAUGAAGCAGCAUCAUUAACAGCUAUCUACAAUGCUUUGGAUAAUCACUCCUCAAGGGAACCGUUGGACAUGAGUCGUACUCAAAGCUUCAAUGCAUUCCAAAAUCAUCGCGGCCCUUCUUCUACUACAAGUCUGGACAGUGGAGCAAGUGGGUCAUCUUUGCACUCAAUCAACUCCAGUCGCUCCAAUGGCUCGCAAACGAACCGCCGUAGUCGUACUCCUAGACUUCGAGCACAGGCCAAAGGAAAGGCUAGGGCGAAGGAAGGUCCUGAUCGUAUCUUUAAGUGUACAUUUUGUUGUGAUACGUUCAAGCACAAAUACGAUUGGGCAAGACACGAGAAAUCGCUUCACUUAAACAUGGAGGAGUGGCAAUGCACGCCACACGGGGGGUCUGUUCUUCUCGUACACACUGGAAGAGUUCAUUGCGCAUAUUGCAGCGCUCUCGAUCCGAACCCUGAACAUCUACAGCAGCACAACCACUUCGCUUGCCAGGAUGAGCGUUCCACGCCUCGUGUGUUCCGCCGCAAGGAUCAUCUGGUACAACACCUACGACUAGUACAUGGACUUGAAACGCUUCCACUGAUCGACGACUGGAAGAUUGAAUCUAUGCCUGUUGUCUCUCGAUGUGGAUUCUGCAACGUGGCUCUGAACAGUUGGGAUGAGCGAACAGAUCAUUUGGCGGCUCACUUUCGCGAAGGAAAAACCAUGUCGGACUGGCACGGCGAUCAUGGCUUUGACGCUGCUGUGACAGCUCGUGUCACAAAGUCAUUCCCUCCUUACCUGAUUGCCUCCCAGUCAACAACGAUUGUUCCAUUUUCGGCCACCAAUCACGAUUCCCUAGACCAGACCAAGCAGAUUCUAGCACGGAUGGAACUUUUGACUACGACGUCUGCGACACAAGCCAUGACCCAGGCCAAUCAGAACUAUCAUGUUUCUUCAACUCAAGAUUACCAGCCGAUUACGAUUCAGACUUCACCCACCCAGCAAGAACUUGAUACUGUUGAGUUUGCGGACGUUCUGGCCCUGUAUCUUGGUCAAUAUGCCCGGCAGCAGGCGCUUUUGGGUAUAACGCCCACGGACGAAAUGUUUCAACGUGAAUCCCGCAGAGUUCUGUAUCAUGAUGGAGAUGAUGAGUGGAAUCAGACAAAUGCCGAUAAUCCGGAUUGGUUGAAGGCAUUUCGCGCUGGCAUGACAGGGGAUGGCAAGUCACACACUUUCUGA